UGUCCCAUUCGUUUUGCAUAUCGCUGACAACAUGUGCGUGCGUCCUUCAGGAAGCGUGUGCGGCCUGUCCUACAAAACUCGUAUUGACGAAGACAACUGUGCUUUCCUCAAGGCAAAUGGACAUCUGUGUCUGUCGCUGGACAAAGACUCCUACGAGCUGUUGGGCAUUGAAGGCAAAGCAUGUAAACCAAAGUCCAGCCGAUACGUGGUCAGCGUGGAUUUGAAUGACAGAAGCAUGGCUCCUGGCAGGCCACGCUACCAGCGUCUAUUCAGCGGUCUGACGUCACGCCUUCCGUUAAAGAUGGAAUUCCUGUUGGCGCCUGCUUCAGGUGACUUCCCGUCUCAUUGCCAUCAUGCAUAUUUGACAACAGAACGCACAUUUUAACAUACAGC